GUGGUCACGGGGGAAGGGGGCAGGGCACGCGGCUCCACCCUGGGACCGGGAGGGACACGGACCGUGGCUCCUGCCGCUGCUGCUCACUCCCCUCCCGGCUGCUGCUCACUCCCCUCCCGGCGGCUCCCGGCGGCUCCCAGCGAGGCUCCUUCAGGCUCCCAUCGCCGUUCCAGAGGCUCCAGCUCACUCGGCACCAUGUUCAGCUGGAUGGGCAACGACUCGCGGCGCAGGAAGGAGCCAGAAGUCUUCCAGACGGUGACCGAGGGCCUCAAGAAGAUCUACCGCACCCGCCUGCUGCCCCUGGAGGAGCACUACCGAUUCCACGAGUUCCACUCUCCCUCGCUCGAGGAUGCGGACUUCGACAACAAGCCCAUGGUGCUGCUGGUGGGGCAGUACUCGACGGGCAAGACCACCUUCAUCCGCUACCUGCUCGAGCAGGACUUCCCCGGCAUCCGCAUCGGUCCCGAGCCCACCACCGACUCGUUCAUCGCCGUGAUGCACGGUGACACGGAGGGAGUCGUGCCGGGCAACGCGCUCGUGGUGGACCCCAAGAAGCCCUUCAGAAAGCUCAACGCGUUCGGGAACGCCUUCCUCAACAGGUUCCAGUGCUCGCAGAUGCCCAACCCUGUCCUGGAGAGCAUCAGUGUCAUCGACACCCCUGGAAUCCUCUCCGGAGAGAAACAGCGCAUUAGCCGAGGCUAUGAUUUUGCGGCGGUGCUGGAGUGGUUCGCGGAGCGCGUGGACCGCAUCAUCCUGCUGUUCGACGCGCACAAGCUGGACAUCUCCGACGAGUUCUCCGAGGUCAUCCGCUCUCUCAAGGGUCACGACGACAAGAUCCGCGUGGUGCUCAAUAAAGCCGACCAGGUCGAGACGCAGCAGCUGAUGCGCGUGUACGGCGCCCUCAUGUGGUCGCUGGGCAAGAUCAUCAACACGCCCGAGGUGGUGCGCGUCUACAUCGGCUCCUUCUGGUCCCAGCCGCUGCUCAUCGCCGACAACCGCCGCCUCUUCGAGAUGGAGGCUCAGGACCUCUUCAAGGACAUCCAGAGUCUCCCGCGCAAUGCCGCGCUGCGCAAGCUCAACGACCUCAUCAAGCGUGCGCGUCUCGCCAAGGUGCACGCGUACAUCAUGUGCCAUCUGAAGAAGGACAUGCCGACCGUGUUCGGCAAGGAGAACAAGAAGAAGGAGCUGAUCGCCGACCUGGGCAAGAUCUACAAGCGCAUUGAGCAGGAGCAUCAGAUCUCCCCGGGAGACUUUCCCAACAUCACCAAGAUGCAGGACCUGCUCCAGAACCAGGACUUCACCAAGUUCAACCCCAUGAAGCCGAAGCUGCUGGAGCAGGUGGACGAGAUGCUGACCAACGACAUCGCGCGCCUCAUGGCGCUCACGCGGCAGGAGGAGGCGCAGCUUCCGACGCCCAUGGUGCGCGGCGGCGCCUUCGAGGGCACGCGCGAUGGCCCGUUCAACCAGGGCUACGGCGAGGGCGCCGGCGAGGGCGUUGACGAGGCCGACUGGGUGGUGGGGCGCGACAAGCCCAAGUACGAUGAGAUCUUCUACACGCUGUCGCCCGUCAACGGCAAGGUAUCGGGAGCCAGCGCCAAGAAGGAGAUGGUUCGCUCCAAGCUGCCCAACACCGUGCUCGGCAAGAUCUGGAAGCUGGCCGACGUGGACAGGGACGGCAUGCUGGACGACGAGGAGUUCGCCCUCGCCAACCACCUCAUCAAGGUGAAGCUGGAGGGACACGAGCUGCCCGAGGAUCUGCCCAAGCACCUGCUGCCCCCCAGCAAGCGCAAGCCGGUGGAUGCGUAAAGGCCUCGCCCUGGGAAGGAGUGGGAGGGGGGGUAGGGGGGAGUAAGGGAGGGAGAUGGGGGGGGGAGAGGAGAAAAGAGGUGUGGGGGCGACGUGGGUUUGGCGCGAGCUGGCGGGGGUGAUCGGUGGAGAGGUGUGUUUGACGCAGGGGAGUUGUGGGGCUCUGCGGGUUUGGUUCAAGCGGGCUGUCGGCCCUGGCUGCGCUGGUGUCGGUAGCACCGAGCCUGGCCCAAGCGGCCACCGUCGCUGGCAAACUGCUGCCGCUUGUGUAUUGGAGGCGACGGUGGCUGUGCGGCACUCCGUAUCGACUCCUAACGGCCCGCCUUGGCGCGCUAUCUUUAUUGCCACCUGCGGUAUGUCUUAUUACCUGCAAUGUGUCACUCGCAUGCAAUGGACCCCCUCUCUCCAAGGUAGACUUUACACCUGAGCGCUGCACAGCUUUAAAAACACCUCCAGGUCCACGCCAUCUGGGUUAAUGUGUCCCUACCAAUGCACGAGCAGCCGUGGAGUGGAAUGCGGACUCUGCUGUGACCCUUGUCCGUGAGGUCUGCAGUGGGGGAGUGCGGGGAGUGGUUUAUUGUGGGGAUGUUUGAGCGGGAUCGUAAUGGGGGGGGGGGGGGGUGUGCGGAUCGUUGAGGGGAUCGUAACGAGAAGCUGUGACAGGCACGGCCAGCUGAGAGCCCCUCACGCCCCAACCCCCGUGGUCCCGUGGCCCCGUGGCCCCGACCGCAUCCUCGCCUGCUGGCGCCGCUCGCCUCCCUGAGAAACCGCACCGCUCAAAAUACUGGGCACCGUCGACAUCGAAGGGCGCAGCCUCGUCAUGUUACGAGGCGGCGUUUGUUAAAAAUUAUCGUAAGGCAGCCUUAAAAAUUACUCGUGGUCUAACUGUACUCCGGUCCCUUGAAUAUUUUGAUGCCUUCCCCAACCCCUGGUGCCAGCACAGGCUCCCCCCCCCCCCCCCCCCCAGGCUGUGAUUCAAGUUGAACAUGGGGUGGAGGGGGCGGGCUGUGAAGGUGCCCGCCCCCCCCUCCUCCUCCCACCCUCCCGUGGCGCAUGGUGGGCACGCCGGUGCUGCGGCCAUGCGUCUCAACACUAAAAGUUCACGGCGGAGCGAGCUUGUUGGGUCGUAUUGUCGAUGGGGACGCGGUGGGUGGGUGGAGCACACACACCGUGUCUCGGCUGCCGUGUAUGAAGUUACUGUGAAUAAUAAACGCAGUGUUACCACCGCA